UCGCCGAGUCAUAUGAUCGAUUAGUGAUUCUGAUUCCUUAGUGUUUUGUGUCUGUGUGUUUGUGUGUGGAAUUUUUCCUGCUUACUUGCUGCUGCAUUUUGACAUAGAUUAGUGAUUUUCUUCAUUAUUACAUCGCAGGCUCCAUCGUUAAGAUGGCAAGUCAAACGCAAGGAAUUCAACAGCUUUUAGCUGCUGAAAAGCGAGCAGCCGAAAAAGUUUCCGAGGCUCGUAAACGCAAGGCCCAGCGUCUUAAACAAGCCAAAAAAGAGGCUCAUGAUGAGAUCGAAAAAUACAGGGAAGAGCGAGAAAAGCAAUUCCGUGAAUUCGAGGCCAAACACAUGGGCUCAAAAGAGGAUGUUGCUGCUCGCAUUGAUGCAGAUACAAUGAUGAAGAUCGAGGAGAUGAAUACAAAAAUAUCUGUACACAAGCCAGCCGUAAUGAUGGAAAUCUUGGGAUUGGUUUACGAUAUCAAGCCCGAGCUGCACAAGAAUUAUCGCGCUGAUGCUUAAACACACAAGGCCUAAGAAUAACAUAUAAAUACCCCCUAAAAAAAUAUAUACAUAAAUAUAAAAAAAUAUAUAUAUAUAAUACAAAAAAGUCUAUAAGUACAAUAUAAAUGUACAUUAAAUAUUAUAUACCCCCUGAAAUAUCAUAUCUCUAGACUUAUCUCUCAUCGUAAAAAAAGUUAAAAUAUAACAAGUGUUAAUUAGUUUUUUGCCGAUACUCAAACUACAAUUCGUUUUGCAGUUAUUAAUUCCAUAGUUUUUCAGGACAAUAAGUAUAUAAAUUCUUAAUCCUGUUUCAAGUUUUUAGAGCUUAUUAAAGAGAGAAAAAAUAAACAGUUUGAGAAUUUGCUUUAGACGUUAUGCAAUUACAUAAUAUUGUUAUAUAUAUUAAAAAAAAACACAGUGAAUAAUGUUUAUGCACUGUUCGUUGUCAAGAAAAAAAACUGCCUCUUAGUUUGGCUUUGAGAGUAUAUAUUAAUGCUAGAUAUUAAAAUCUAAUAUAUAUAUAAUUUUACGGUGGUGGUUUUUAGUAAAAUCGUAUUAUAUUAGUAAAUGUAUCGUAUUAUAUAGGUGUCGUUUCCCGCAUUAUUAUUAAUAAUCUUCAUCUAACAUCGAGGACAAAUUUUUAUUAUAUAAUUAUGUGUACAACCUUUCGGGGUUCACGCAGCUCCCAAUUUUGUGAACCUCGCGACGAUGUACCAGUUUUUUUAAUUUCUUUUUUUUUAAUUGUUAUCGCACUUAAUUGCUUUGUUAUGUGCAAAAUAAGCCCGUAGACUCUACCUCAUGUGUAUCUGCUGUAUUUCCGAGGAUUGAAUCUGUGUACAGUAUUAGUGUUCAAAAUAAAACCGAAACAAAAAAGGAAAAA